AUGGAUUUUCGCUCUUGCUGUCAGAGCGACAUGGACCCAGCUGUGGAGACGAUUCAGGCCUUGGACACAGAUAUCCGCGAGGAGCUUCCAGCUGAGCCAGAGGAGCCAGAGUUGCCAGAGCUCCCCCGUGUUGCUUCUCCAUGGAGUUUCUCUCGCAGAUGCGCAGUAUCAGAGGGCAUCAUUCGGGGAAUUCCUUUGCAAGCCACACUUCGUGGCGCAGGCCACCUGUGGCGAAAGCCACCCUGCGACAUGAGCACGGCGGAGAAAAUCCGUGUGUGGAACAUGACGCAGGAUGUCAAGAAGUUCGACGUGUUUUUUUCGCAUUCUUGGGCGACAUCUGGAAGGUUGAAGUAUGCUGCCUUGCUCAUAGACACCGGUUUUGGCUACUCUGUCCUUUUCUGGAUCGCUGCAGAACUUUUGGCUGCCUCCCUGUAUCUCUUUGAUUUCUUGCCUAUGCCCCGCCUCCUCCACGUUGAGAUCGCGCAGUUUUCUGGUGACUUUCCCCUGGGGAUGUGGAUGAUGGCUUUUGGUGCCCUAGCACAGUUCAUUGGUUUGAUACUCAGCCCUUACUUGCCAAGCAAAAGACGCGACUGCUUCGUGGACUUUGCGAGUAUCAAUCAGUUUGAGCCGGAGCUCAUGCAUCGUGGGAUUUUGGGUUUGGGAGACUGCCUGAGUUUGUCAACAGAGCUUUGCAUCCUGUGGAGCCCGAAAGUGUUCACUCGGCUCUGGUGUGUUUUCGAGCUUGCGGCAUUCCGCGCUGCGAAUCCCUCCGGCCGACUGCGGCUCUUGCCCUUGCACAUGAUAGUCGAGAUUGGCAUCACCAUGAUUGCAGCAGUUCUGGGGUCCCUGGCAGUCUGGAUCUCAGGACCCACGCGGUUCACUCUGGAACCUACAUCAGUAUCAGAGGCGGCGAGGUGGGCUGCAGUUCUCGCGCUAACGUGGUGCUUCGUGUCCGUGUUGAGGAGGAUCAGCCUUCAAAAGCGCACCUUUAUCGAGCAGUUAGACAGCUUCGACCUUGACAAGGCUGAAUCUCGAAUGGAGAGAGACAAGGAGCUGAUCUACGAAGCAAUCACGCGGUGCUACGGAAGCCUAGAGCAGUUCACUGAAUAUGUCCGAAGCGACUUGCGCAAGGAUCUGCUGGAAAACAGAGCAUGGAUUCCCCUCUCUUGCCCCCUAUCGCUUGUGAUGCCUUUUGCGGCUCUGAGAGCGGAGCAUGUUGUGGCGCUGUGGAAGGGCGGGGCCCCAGUCGAUAUGUUGGGUGCAUAUGCUGCCAGCUCAGUGGCGUUCACCUUCUGGUUAGGCCUUUGCAUUUAUUCAAUCUUUUACUUGACGGAAGUCGUGAGGAAACCCGUGCGUGCUGGACUUUUCUGGAACUCUUUGCAAUCUUUUGUGAUUUCAGGUCUUGUGGUGGCUUUAAUUGCUGCAGGUACAUUUCUGGAAUACUCUGCGCGAAAUGGAGAUCAAGUGGCGCUUGUGGCAUGGAUACUUGUACUCGUUGUUGGGCUUCUUUCAAGCCUCACACGUCUGCGGCGUUAG